GAUGAGGACUGGGGCGCCUUAUGGCUGUCGUGGGGAAUGAUGAAAUGACAUCGAAUUUGGCGAGGAGAAGAGGUCCCUAUGGCUUUUGGGCGUGCGGUCGAGGUGGCGGUGAAUAUUAGAAGGAGGAUGGCGUAGAAAAGUGAUAUCGAUGAAGGAGCGAAAGCUUGCGAGUUAAGAGGUGGAGAGAGGCAAGGCUUCGGGCUGAAAGAAGCAGGGUACUGGAGGUUACGCGAAUGGUGUAAUUUUGGUUCCCUGGCAUGGAGUGCUUCAUCCACGAAAAUGAAUAUGGAUUUAUCCCAAUGUCCACAUUGUGGGGUUACACAACCAAACGCGACAGUGCUGUGCGCGAUACGCAACCGUCGCCAUCACAAUUUUCAUCCUCCUCCACAUCGACAUUUCUUCUUCACCUUCAUCACACCGAACGGACGCGCAUUUCACGCUCACAACCACCCGUCGUCGAGGCAAGAUGGCGUCGGUCAGCUUGCUCGACUAUCCCGACGAGGUCAUCGACAAUAUCGUCGAGGCGCUUCCGAAUAUCAAGGCCGCCCGCGCAAGCUGCAAAAGACUCAACAGAAUCACAUCGCCAUAACUUCGUCACAUCGAACAGACGCGCAUUCACGCUUACAAGCGCCAGAUCAUCGAGGAAAGACGACGCCUGUCAGCUUGCUCAACUGCCCAGAUGAAGUCAUCCAUUAUAUCAUCGAGCUCCUCCCGGGAAGUACCACAAAAGCUGCUCAUACAGGCUGAAAGAGACUCAACAGAACCGCCUCAUCCCAUCUCUUCCCCAUUCUCUACAUUUCCCGUCACCAGCUUGACCUCGAUGUCUUUCGGAUGGUGUCAAAGAAUCCUCUUCUCAUCGGGGGUAUCCGCGACCUGGUUAUCGAUGACAUAAGCCUUGUCUUCA